UCAAUCCCGUAACCUGAAGAAACCGGUAAGACAAGACAUCGCACCAUGUCCGUUAUUGUUAACUUUGGUCCUACAGAGCCAACACAGAGCAGAAGAAGAAGACGAUAGAUAGAAAGAUCAGAGAUUUAGAUUAACUCAUCAGAAACCAUGCGAAGACUUUAAGAAGCUUAUAUCAACAAUGGGUUUUAGUUUUUUUACUCGAUUCUCGAUCACGUGAUUGCAAGUUUCAACCUUUCUCUUCUCUUCUCUUCUCUUACCUCUCUCUCUCUCUCUCUCUCUCUUUCUCAGUCCUUGUCUCUCUCGCUUCUGAAACUCUCUCGUGAGUGUGUGGUUGGGGUGUUUUUGGUCAUUGGGUCAAUGGCGGUUAAUGUGAAAUCUGUGCUUGAGUUUCUCCGGAGGAAUGGUUUAACGGAGGCGGAAUCUGCUUUGAGAGACGAUAUCAACGAGAAGAACCAACUCGCUUCCUUCGAUUUCGAGAAGUUUCUGUUUCCUAUUCCUCCUCCGAUGAGAAUCACGGCGAGUUCUCGUCCUUCUGAUUCCGCCGGCGAAGAUUCCGGUGGUGAUGCUGAUGGCUUGAAGUCUUCUUCUUCUUCUUCUGACGACGACGAGUUUGUCAGCUUGGACUCCUCCUCUUCUGGCUUCUGUUCUUCUUCCGGUUUUGUGAAUCCUUAUGGAGAUGGUUCAUCAUCUGAUGGACAGUCUCAAUUUGGGACGGCUCGAACAUAUCCAGAGUGGAGCGAGUUUUACUUACACAACAAUGAGACUGAAGAUGAAGAUGAGUUCAUGUCUCCUGCAUUUAGAGAAUCUGAUUUCUUCAUCUGUCCUGUAACCGCAGAGGAUAAGUUCAUCACAGAUAACCAAUUCGAGAACAUGGUUGGUGUUUAUGACAAAUCAUCAUCACAAGGGUCUCAAACUGAAGCUAGUCUUGAUUACUUAGAUAAGUCCUUUCUUCUUAGCAAUGUGGAGGACUCAAAAGAUUUCAUUGGUCUAGAUGACAAAACUGAUGAGCUUGUUGAUGAGUUUAGCUGUGAAGAAAGUGAUACAAAAGAUAAUGGUGGUGAUCAGGGGAAUGUAACAGAUGAAGAGGUUGAUGUUGUUCAUGAGUUUGAAGAUGAAUAUGAAGUCUUUGAUCUUAGAAUCAUUCAUUGGAAAAACAGGACUGGAUUCGAAGAGAACAAAGAUCUACCAAUUGUGAUAAACACAGUGAUUGGUGGAAGAUACUACAUUACUGAAUACAUUGGUUCUGCUGCUUUUAGCAAGGUGGUUCAGGCACAGGAUCUACACAACGGUGUCGAUGUUUGCCUCAAGAUUAUCAAGAACGAUAAAGAUUUCUUCGAUCAGAGUUUAGAUGAGAUCAAGCUAUUGAAACAUGUCAAUAAGCAUGAUCCUGCUGAUGAACAUCACAUCCUGCGCCUCUAUGAUUACUUCUACCACCAGGAACAUCUCUUUAUCGUCUGUGAACUUCUCCGAGCAAACUUGUAUGAAUUUCAGAAAUUUAACCAAGAAUCAGGAGGAGAACCAUAUUUUAACUUAAGCAGACUUCAGGUUAUAACUCGUCAGUGUUUGGAUGCGCUUGUGUUCCUUCACGGACUAGGAAUCAUACAUUGUGAUCUCAAACCUGAGAAUAUACUGAUAAAGAGUUACAAAAGAUGCGCGGUGAAAAUCAUAGAUCUUGGGAGCAGUUGUUUCCGGUCUGACAACUUGUGUUUGUAUGUACAAUCACGUUCCUAUAGAGCUCCUGAAGUGAUUCUUGGGCUUCCAUAUGAUGAAAAGAUUGAUAUGUGGUCACUUGGGUGUAUUUUAGCAGAGCUUUGCUCUAGUGAGGUUCUGUUUCCAAACGAAGCAGUAGCGAUGAUAUUGGCUAGGAUUGUUGCGGUUUUAGGUCCUAUAGAAACAGAGAUGCUAGAGAAAGGUCAAGAGACACAUAAAUACUUUACCAAAGAGUAUGAUAUCUACCACUUAAACGAGCAGAGCAAUGAGAUUGAAUACAUAAUCACAGAAGAAUCAUGCUUGGAAGAACAAUUACAUGUUAGUGAUGAAUUGUUCGUAGAUUUUGUAAGGACUCUACUUGAGAUCAAUCCAUUGAGACGUCCAACAGCUCUCGAGGCACUUAACCACCCUUGGCUCUCUUCUUCUUCUUCUUCUUACGAUUGAUUGAUUUUGUUUUGGCUUCUUAUUGUGUUUGUCUGGUCCUCUGUUUCUCCUGCUCUUUUUUUUUUGGUUAUGAGAUUAUAUGUGUAUAGAACUGUUUUUACAUUGAUUUCUUCACAUUGUUAAGUAAAAUGCUUGUGUUGUGCAAUAAAAGAAUUUUGAUACAUA